AUGACCUCCCUCCUGCAAGAUAAACUUUAUGAGAUCCAUAGUCAGGCUCCUUCUCCCAGCAAAGACUUCCAUCACUUUACCAUCACCAAAACAGAGGUGAUCUGGAGGUCAUGGAGGAUUUCCUUGCGGCCUAAUCAAGAAAAGAUUUUCCCAAAGGAAGUGAGGAAACCCCACAGUGAUUUUUUGCUGGAUGAACAGUUACACAAGCAAGUGCAGAAUAUCUUUGGUAACAAGAUGCUGGAAUACACGCUGAAUUUGUGUCAGGGAUGUUAUGAUUUCCUAACUCGAAUGCCUGAUAACCUGAUUAUGCACAUCCUGUCAUUUCUUAACUCAGAUGACAUCAGACAGCUGUCAAAAACUUGCAAGAAGUUUCAGCAGUUAUGUAGCAGUGAAGAACUUUGGGAAAGAAUUAGAUUGCUAGAAGAUAAACACACUCAUGAUCUGAAGAUUAUGAGGUUCCCAGUUUACAAGAAGCUAACAUACGUCAAUCAAAAGCCCAGUCAUCAGACGCAGAUGCAGAGAAGACAGACCACAUUCUUUUAA